UCUAGUCUGUUGAAUUUUCAAAUGGUUUUGUCUGCUUGAUUCUGUCGCAAGAAAAUGAUCGCUCGCAACAUAAAUUCAAGCGGAGCGAUUUCGAGUACUUUUUCGCUCGCAUUUUUUCAAUUUCGCCCUUAUAUACUCGUUCUUAUUUACUUAAAUUGUAGCUCAUUUUUCCAAAAGUUGCUAAUCGGCCAAAACACCGAUCGGAAGAUCGAUAAGAUAAAGUUUCAACGAAAGAAAAUUAACCGAAAUCCUCAUGAAGCUAUUAUUAAUGAAAUUAUAAAGAGUUGCUAGCGUUGGCGAGGCGUCCUUUCAAUGAAUCCGCUCCUUCGUAAGGCCAUCCACGUCGCAUAACGGGUUAUUUUUUCUCGGGUAGUGGAGUGGCGAUGAUCGUGUGUAAAUGUGGACGUGUGUAAAUUUCUCCAUUUAAAUGGAUCUUUGAUCUUUUUAUCGAGGAAAUCUUCAGCUAUUCAGAAGUAUUAUCGGAAUGACUUUUCGUGUUCGGAUUUUGUAUUAAAAUCAAGGGAUUUGGAUUUGUUAUUUGUGUGGUUGAUCGCAUAAAAUGUGAAAAAAAUCCUCGUAAAACUGUGCCUGUAGUUGUGUGUAUUGCGCGGCGGUAUAGGUGGAAAGGUGUGGAAAUAUGUUGGAGAAUACUUGCCGUGUUAACUAUAUGUAUGGUGGACAGUUUGCGGUAUAGUGUUGGUGUACGGAUAGUUUGUGUUCCAACAUUAUUAUUUUGAAAAAAUUGUGAAGUUAUUCAAAAAUAUGACGAGCGGUGAAAAUCCGGACGUAUCAACGAAACCUGUCGCAGAGCAAAUCCCUGUGAUGGGGAAAGGAAGUACUGGUUCCAGUGGUAGCAACGCAAUUGCCAAGCAAUGGUGGAAGGUCUGUUUCCUGUAUGGUAAUCAAGAGAAAUACUAUCGUCAAAUUUAUGGAAAAGCAGCUUCGGAACGGUUGGCCGCAUCGAGCAAUCACCAAAGGGCUAGUUAUGGCAAUUAUUCUGAAAGCAUGGCCCCAAUCGCUCCUGCAUCUUCUACCAACAGCUCAGAUGUGCUCCACCAGGAGCAUUAUUACUCUGAUCAAGCGGCUAUUGCGUUAAGUGGACCUCGGUCGCAACUUCUUGAGGGAUCACUUGUGGCAAAAUCGUCCUCUUUACAUUUGAGCGAAGCAUCGCAGGCACCGAUAAAAAGUGACGAUGCAGCCACUGGAAAUCAAAAAACUACAUCGAUUCCCCCAGGAAUAUUACGAAAAAGAGUAACGCUGCUGGAUGAAUCAUUUCUCCUGGGGGAUAAUGAAUGUCUUAGCAGCCGAAGCGUUGCGUUGCGUUCCAGCGAAGAGCUGGAAGUUGACGAACAGCGUUCCGAUAGUGGAAUCAACGUGGACGCUAGGCAACCAUCGCCAGCCACGGAUAUAGAUCAUCGAGGUGAAUGCGAGCAUCGUCCAGGGAUAAAACGAGCAUUCUACCUGAACGGCGAGGACUUACAACUGCUGAACUAUGACCAGCAACAACAUAUAUCUGAACUUAUGAAUCAUCAGGUUGGGAUUCCUUGCUCCGAUGGAAUCGUAUACAACGAUGUUCUUUCGGGCAAUAAUCAACAUCACAACCAGGAUUCUAAAUUUUUAUCAUCUGCGACCAAUUCGAAAUACAACGAACAUGUAGCACAUUUUUUGCACAAAGCAGUUCAAAUGUCGUACCCAUACCAAAAAUCUCAACAACCGGUCCAGCAUUAUCAGCAACCGACGCAAACUAAACCACCGUUCUCUCCAUUUGAUGGUAGCCGAAAUGCGUUGAUAAACUCUCCAUCCCCUUUGCUUUAUGGUAGCAGCGAUACCAAUGCGCUUUUACCAGCGCUGGAACCACAACAACAAUCUGUAAACCAAUAUUCUCAGCAACAAGCAGGAGGGAUGAACAUGCAGCAUCAGCAACAACCCGGUAUAGCCUAUGCUCAUUCAAGUGUCGUUGUUGGGAGAGACUCCUUUAGGCUACCACCUCUACAGUCGAAGUCUGAUAGCCUUCCCGCUGCUAUUUCUUGUAACACAACCACACACGAUCCUUCAAACCGCUCCGCUGUAUUCCAACAAAAUCAGCCUUAUCCGUCGAUUGCAACAUCUGAGUAUCCGUACAAUUUGCUACCACCAUCAACGGCAGCAUUGAUUGCACCUCCUGUGCCUCAACAUGUAUCUUCCGUUCCUGCAGCCAGUUUUCCUGUGAAUCAGCACGUAUCUCACUUGCGCGGACCAGUUAUGGUAGCAAGCGGCUCCCCGGGACAUGCUGCAACGAUUGCUGGAGCAGGAGGUCCGGCAAUUGCUGCAGCAGUUGGACAAGCAGCGGUGGUUGGUGGGAUGGUUGGAGCUCAUAACUACUCGCAGUCGGAUGAUGAUAGUGGCUGCGCUCUUGAAGAGUAUACUUGGGUUCCACCAGGUUUGCGGCCGGACCAGGUCCAUUUAUAUUUUUCUGCUAUCCCGGAGGAUAAAGUGCCGUAUGUAAACAGUAUUGGCGAAAGACACCGUGUUCGGCAAUUACUUCAACAGCUUCCUCCCCACGAUAACGAGGUCCGAUAUUGUCAUUCGCUAACCGAUGAAGAACGCAAAGAGCUAAAGCUCUUUUCCGCUCAACGCAAGCGCGAAGCUCUAGGUCGAGGCACGGUGAAGCAAAUAAAUACUGCAUCGUUAUGUGAGCGGUGUGGUGAAAUGACAUCGUCUGGUGAUAUGAUGGUAUUUGCGUCGCGGUUUGAAACAAACACUUGUUGGCAUCCAGCAUGUUUCUCUUGUUGUGUAUGCAAAGAGUUAUUGGUCGAUCUUAUAUAUUUUCACCGUGAAGGACGUCUUUACUGCGGCAGGCAUCACGCGGAAACACUCAAGCCACGAUGUUCGGCUUGUGAUGAGAUUAUUCUGGCUGAUGAAUGUACGGAAGCUGAAGGACGUGCCUGGCACAUAAAACAUUUUGCUUGCUUCGAAUGCGAGAAACAGUUAGGAGGGCAAAGAUACAUCAUGCGCGAUGGAAAGCCAUACUGUCUACAUUGCUUCGACGCCAUGUUUGCGGAAUAUUGUGAUUUCUGUAGCGAACCUAUUGGAGUUGAUCAAGGCCAAAUGAGCCACGAUGGACAACACUGGCAUGCCACGGAGCACUGUUUUGCUUGUAGCACGUGCCGUUGCUCUUUAUUGGGUCGACCAUUCUUGCCAAGGCGCGGGGAAAUUUAUUGUUCUAUAGCAUGUAGCAAAGGAGAACCCCCAACGCCAUCUGAAUGUUCAAUGCCUAAUGUUCGCCAAGAUCGCUUAACGUUUUCAAGCGGGGUCGAGCGUUGUAUGAGGAAUUCUCCCAGUCAGCCAAAGUCUCCCGAGCCAUUGAAAAACUCAGAAGAUGCGCAUCAUCCACCCUCACACAUAACUCCACUGACAAUUGUCAGUAGUGCGCAUAACUUCGAUGAUAAUGGUAACGAUGAGAUGACUGUCUCUUGCUAUACUGCGGCUACCACAGCAACCUCAAUGUCUGCUGCAACAGGAAAUACUAGUACAACUCUUGCGACAAUAACUACGAACACAGCAAGUACCAGUGAUUCAUCUACAGCUUUACGAGACGUCGUCCAUGUUCAGAGCGUCGACAAUCAGGAGUGUGAUGAAUCAAGCAGACAUCGUUCCAACGCCAAUUCAAACAGGAACCGUAUUCCACAAUGCUCCCCGGAGCUAAACCGAUUACUUCAAAAAGACCGAUGUAGGCAACCUUUCGAUUUGACAGAUCUUGGACAAAGUCUUGAACAGCACUGGCUAAUCGAGCGUGCCGGGAGUGAAAUAGCUGUCUCACAAACAUUUGCAGCAGACGGCACAUCUGGAGUAGCUUUACAAAUAAAUCACAUUGCCGGUGCUACACCAAUUUUAACAUCAUCAAUGCCUGAACUAGCCAGAUGUGUACAAAUUGCAUCGACAUACCUCAGUGAUACUGGCAGCCCGAUACCAACCGAAGAUAAUACCGCUAUCCGUACAGAUUAUGCUGAUGAACACAGCCAAAAUGCUUCGGAUGCCUCACACUCGAUCGUGGAGCUUCCAACUCCACCACCUAUUGUGAUCAAAAAAGAAGUUCGUUUCGAAGGAGACUUUCAAGAUUCUCUUCCUCGAACAAAGAACAGUUGCCCUCGUGUAGGCCAACGAAAUCGAGUUUCCAAAUCAUCUAAAAAGAAAUCAGAUGACCGUCAAGAUAACACUUCUGCUCGAAGACACCAUCACCGGUCGGAUCAGAUUACUCGCCAGGACCGUAGUUCGUCUCGACGCUCGCCUAGGCGUCGUCGCGCUCUGUUGGAACGUAGAAGUUACGCUUCUGAUGAUGAAGAUCUAGCGGAAGAAGAGACUGUUCAAAAGCGGAAGCAUUACCGUGAUGAGCAACAAGAACAUGUCGCAGACUCGGAUACCCAAAGUUUAUGCUCAACGUGCUCAUCCAGCUCCUCCAGCGCUGAUGACGAUGUUUAUGAGCUACCACUUCGCCGUACUUCCUAUGGAGGAACACGAAUACACUAUAUGCCAAACAAUUCGUUGGCUUGUGCGCGGAAACGCAAACAACUUCAAUCGGCAACCAGCAGCAGUAGUGCGCUUCAUGAAAAGGACAAUAAAAAUUGCAUCAUAUCGUAAGUAGUUAAAUCAAAACAAUAAGAUCUAAACUAAAUCUCUGAAUUCAAAUUAAAAACAAUUCUUAAGUAAAUAACAAUAAAAUAGAAUUUUUUGAACAUUUUAUUUUGCUACAAGAA